GAUGCAGUUGGAUAUCUAUGCUCAUGACUGUACCUUAUUUGUGAAGGUGUAUACCAUGUAGCAAUGAAGAAAUCUGAAGCCUAAUCUUGAAGGCCGAGGUCAAACUUCCCUUUGAAAGAUUUGCAGUCUAAGGAAAUUGUUUACUAUAUAAUUUUGUCUUUGUAUUAACUAUCUUUACACAUUUCUGUUCUGUGUUUUGAGAGGGAUGUUGCACGUCAUGCAACCGACUUCGGGUGCAGAGUGUCUUGAACGCCAUGUUAAAAAAGGGAAAAGUAGAUUUAAGAAAAAGAAAUUCGAUACGCUGCAUUCGAUCAAAAUUGUUUGCUGAUUCUUGUUUUAGGUCGAAUUUCAAUGGGAUUCGUUUUCUGCUUCACAUUUAAAUUUUUUCAGCAUAGAUGAAUUUAUCCUGCUAGCGCCGUACGGUGUCACGAGAACUCCCGUGGAGCAGAUGUCUGAGAAUAUGUAUUUUGUUGAUAUUUCGUGGACGCCGAUGGCAAACCAAACUGGCUAUUUCACUAUUGGCUGUCAGGCAGUGAAUAUAAGAGGCAUUUCAAGCGAUUUCCUUUACGAGACUGUUAUGGCGAACGAUCUUGACGAGUGUAUAAACCGCCCAUGCCUGAAUGGGAGAUGCGUGGAUUUAUAUCGUAUGUUCUACUGCGCCUGUUAUGCCGGAUGGACGGGAACACUUUGUGAAACGGACAUAAACGAGUGUGAAAGCGACCCUUGCCAUAACGGAGCCACGUGCCACGACGAAGUCAAUGGAUUCUACUGCGCAUGCGUAGCAGGCUUCACAGGAGUUUUCUGUCAGACGGAAAUGAACGAAUGUAGCAGCAACCCGUGUUUCAAUGGCGGAACAUGUAAUGAUAUGGUGAAUAUGUUUAGCUGCGCAUGCACAAAUGAAACAACUGGUGUAUUAUGCCAAACACGGAUUCCAUCAAUGCAUAAUGAGUGCUCCGUGUCUAGUGACUGUUUAAACGGUGGGACGUGCAUGUAUUCGGGGAAUAAUUAUGUUUGCGCAUGCGCGCCAGGCUUUACUGGGGAAUUGUGUGAAACAGAGAUUGACGAAUGUUCCAGUCGGCCAUGCUUGAAUUGUGGGGUGUGUCAGGGCGGCAUGGACACUUUCACGUGCGACUGUCCCCUUGGUUACACGGGAGAAGUGUGCGAGACUGACAUAGAUGAGUGUGCUAUAAAUCCAUGUUUCAAUGGAGGGACGUGUCAGGAGAAUAUCGGUGGUUUUACCUGUACGUGUGGCCAAGGUUGGGUAGGCAGCACCUGUCAAGCUCCCGACCUGUGUGUGGACAAUCCGUGUCAAAAUGGCGGUACUUGCACAAAUGUGGGCGGAUCCUUCACCUGUAACUGUGAGCAACCUUGGGGAGGUACCUUAUGUGAUGAGUUGCAGGUUUACCCUUCAUGUGAUUAUCAACAGUUUAACGACCACGUGGUGUUAUCCUUGGAAGAAGAUUUAGACGGGGUGGACCGAUUCCUCUUCCCCGGCGGGAAAUCUGAAGAGGAAUGUGCGCUCGAAUGCAGCAAGGAUCUGCGAUGUGUUGCUUACACCUUUAUACGAUAUUUGACGCCGGAUGAACCGCCUGUCGACUAUGAAGAAGCACAGCAAAAAUGCAGAAAUUUUUAUCAACAAACAGUUGAACGUGCAGCGAACGAGUCAUAUGCUAAAAUCCCAGGCGAGAGUGACGUGGAAACUGGCAUGGAAAAUGAUGCACUACACGUGACACGAAGCAACAAAAGACACCAACUGGUCACUAAAGUUGGCGUAUUGAUACUACGGCGCCAUCUUUUGGAGGAUACGGCAAAUGCAUGUUUUGGGACAAGCUCUCGCUCCAGGCGUUUGAACGGGUUCUUUGACUCUUCGGGAGAAGUGGAAGCUGUAAGUGGAGUAAAGAAUAAGUGCAACACAAACAAAGUUGUCGUCGGGUCUCCCCGGUGUCCGUCAGAGAACCAAGUGCCCAUACAGUGUGGAUGUAUAAACAGGGCUACCCCCGGCGGUUGUAUACCACGGCUGCACCGAGGUCUCUUUGGCGGGCCGUUGGUUUGCGACGCUCGUGCCGUUGGAAGCGGGAUGAACACCGAUAAUGUUUUAUCUAUUCUAACAUGCGCCGAAGAAUGCAAGCACUCAAGAGUACACUACCAAGAAUUCAAACAGAACCUUGGAGAUUUAGAAGAUACUACUUUCAAGCCUUCAGUACGUUGUCCUGCAGAACUGGUGGCACCUGUGAUUCUAGGAUGCACUAUAUUUACGACAGGGGUUAUUGAUCCCAUAAGUGUGCCCCGCCCAUUACUAGACCACGUGACCGGAACCUGUACACCGGACAGAAACAUUACAAAGAAUAAUGGAGCUCACGUAGAAAUCGUGCUGGCCUGUAUGAGCAACGUGUCCCCAUGGUCGGAGUGGUCAAAAUGUGACCGGAAUAACAGACGGACACGGCAAAGACUUUUAUUGCGCAGGAGCUGUGCAUACACAGAGGUGAAUAAUAUGGAAGAAGACAUCGGAGUGUGCAAACUUGCAGUGCCCGCUCCUAGUAACAUCGUCUUUAUUAUAGAUGGCUCUUAUAGAGCAGGACACUCCCACUUCCGGUUGCAGCUGCUGUUCGUCAUGGGAAUCAUGCAAGCUUUCGCGGUGGGCCGAAAUCAGACCCGAUUUGGCGUUAUUCAAGUUUCCGGGAAAAGUGGCAUCGGGUUGCGUUUAAAUGACUCAUAUGAUAUAGGUACCAUUAUAGAUAUGGUGGAUGGUAUACCGUACGUAGGCGGACCGAGGGCAACAUUUGAGGCAUUACAACUACUGAGCAAUGAGAUGUUUAUCCAGGAAAACAGUACAGCGAGAAAUGGACCUAACCUUGCCGUGUUUUUGAGCUGCGGCGCGUCUAUAAAUUCUACAGCGGCAAUGCAAGCAGCAGAUGAUGUGCAUGAAGCUGGAAUUCUGUAUGCACGUGGUAUAGGCAUAGGGCCCGAGUUUGAGUACGCUACAAACAGCGACGCCCACAUUGCGGUAGCGGAGAUAACAAGCGUUGUGCGCACCAAUGUCACAUUUCACCACAUCAGAGAGCUCAGCAGGAUUGACUUAAUGGAAGCUUUAGUCGCCGAUUUGCAUCGUUUAAUUGAUCCUACAUAUGAAUACGGUGUUGCGGUCACUCAUUGGUCAGCGUGGUCAGCAUGUUCCGUCUCCUGUGGUGGCGGCGUCCAGACACGACAACGCCAAUGUAUUAAUCCGCAAAUAUGCAAAGAGAAACGUCUAGUUAACACCAGGCAGUGCGGUCUGCGUUGUUGUAAUGCAACGCAGCAUGAGGUUCACUUUGACUGCAUGUUGAGUAGCAGAUUGACUUUGUUAUGCAACCAGGACGAUUACCCAAAAAUCUUGCGGGUUCGACAUGUGGAUUCAUGUAGCAUGACCAAUGCAUGCGAACAAGAUGACGAAAUACGAACGUCACUGCAGAAAAGAUGUGACGGAAAGGGGCAUUGCAGCGCCAUCUAUCCAUGUGGAUUGACUAAUCAGGAGGAGCGAUCCAUCGUUGUGUCAUACGAAUGUUGCUACAAUCCUAUGUCUGGGACAGAUAUUCAAAAUGGAUGAAAGUUUUGAUAAUCUAGCCUUCGACUCAACGACUUCCAUCCCUGCACCACUCGAAGUUGUUUGAAACAUCUUUAUCUCCGCACGGAAUACCGACAAAAAAAAUACAGAGCACUCGAGACAUAUAUGCGCUCACAAGAGCCUUAAACAACAAGCUAGCGUCUCAUAUGUCGCGCAUGGAACACAUUGCAUGCAGAGAAAGAAGAAAGAUGACACUGCAUCUGAGUAAAAUGAGUAUGUAGGCCCAUUAUUUUCCACGUAGGAAGAACAGAUCAGAGUCUUUUUUUUUCUUUGGUCAUGCACAGCAGCUAGUAUCUGCACAUUUCGUUACGCGUGUUUCCACUGGCUUAGUAAAACGUGUGAGAGCAUCAAGACGUCAGUAAGGUUCAACAGAUAACGCAGGUGGCCAAAGAAGUGUUUUAGCCCAAUACGCAUUUUAACUUGGGCUGUUUGAAUUUUAAUUGUUAAUAAUGUGUACUUAUCGGCAACUGCUUGGUUAGGUGAACAACUGCACGUCUUCAAAAUAAUUUUUAGACGAAGUCACAUAUUGAUUGUGCCAGCUUUAACUUUUUAUUUAA